UCUAUUUUGCUGGCAGUCACUCCACCAGACUUCACGGGAGGCUCCCUCACAAACAAGGAAACUCUACACGCUGACUCAGGCUUGGAACGACGAGAUAGAGCCGGCUGCCAAAUCAUAAUCCCUUUACUUCUGAGAGAAACCUCAGUUUCCAAAAUAUCUUUUUUCUAAACUAACAUGGAGCUCCAUGGAGUGCAUAAAAUCUUUCAUCCAAACCACCUUGGUGAGGAGAAGCAACAGAUGCUGAACCUGAACCGACGCCUUGAAGCCUACCUUAGUCGGGUCAAAUGUCUAGAGGAGGACAAUGAAAUGCUUGCAAACGAGAUCAAAGUUUUAAGGUACAACAAUCAGGGGACCCUGAUACGCAGGAGAGGCUUAGAGGAGGAGCUGAGACAGGCGAGAUUGGAAGUGGAUGCAGCCUGGAGGGAGAGGGUCCUCACAGAGGUGGAAGUUCAGAAACUGACUGAGGAGAUACAAGCCCUAGAGAUUCAGAGACAGAUGGAAGCUGAGACCAAACUGCUGGCGAAGACAAAGAUGGAGCAAAGCAGGAAGGAGCUGGAAGAUGAGCAGAGAGCACAGAUCUGGCUCAGGGAGAAGGUCAACCAGCUGGAACAUGAAAUGAAAUUCCUAAUUCAAACCCACGAAGAAGAUGUGGCCCACCUGGAGGCCACUCUGUCCCAAUCAAGAGCCGAAAUGCUUCCAAACCGGAUUCACAGGAGCAAACAGACGCCAGAACUCCUCAAGAUGGGGCAUGAGUUUUCCCAGAGGGCAACCAGAGCUUGGCAGGAGGCCUCAGAGGCCUACCAGGGCCAGUUAGCUCAGCUGGAGGAGUCACUUGAUCAGGCCAGGAGUCGUUUGAGUCAAGUUUGCUUGGAGAAACGUGAGAGCCAGCUGAAACUUCAGACCUUGGAGAAGGAGAUUGCCUCAGCUCAGGACGUCAAGCUACAUCUGGAGGAGACUGUAGCACAGCGCAGGGAGGAACACUGUCAGGAGAUCCAGCAGCUCGGGGAACACUUAGAGGAGCUGGAGGUGGAAAAAGUGGAGUUGGGCCAGCAGAUAGACCACCUCCUUCAGGAGAACCACAGCCUGAUGCAGAUGAAGAUGUCUCUGGGCCUGGAAGUUGCAACAUACAGAGCUUUGCUGGAUGGUGAGGGCCUUGGAAGAGAUGCAGUUUUGUUGAAUAAGCCAAGAAGCAUUUCAGUUAGAGAUGCAGUUCUGAGUCCCCAUGGGGUUAAAAAGAAUUACCCGAUCCAGCCGUCUGCUAGCCUCAAGACUACCUACUCCUCAUCUGGCCAAGGCAGAACAGGGUCCAUAAUAACUGCAACACAAUUCUUGAGCAGAAGAUCUGCAGCUUUAAGAGAACCCCCAAAGACUUCAAGCAAACCUGCAGAAACAGCUGUAGUAAAAGCUGCAACUGUGGAAAGCCCCUAUCCAAAAAUAGUUCAGAAUGGAGCAGCUGAAAACUUUAGGCCAGAGGAAGUUCAUGAAAAAGUCACCUAUGCUGAGCCUUUAUCACCUCCUAAUGAGAAAGAUGCAUUUGACAAAAUGUCUGAGGAUGAAGAUAAAACAGUGGUAGAAAGAGUCAUUGAGUCAGUUGUCAGCCAUACAGCAGUGUUAGGUCUCAGCAGGGAGGAACCUUUAAAUGAGAAAGGUGGCAACCAGCAGUUCACAGCACUCAGCCCCACAUCCUGUGAUGUCAGAAUAACGGAGCUACCAUGUAAUUUAUCAGAUGAACUAUUGAAGGAUCUGACCUUUGAAGGGGAAACUGAACAAGAAUAUGUAGAACACCUAAGGGCUCAAGCUGAUGGGUCGACAAAGGCAGAGCAUGUUCAAGAUGAGACUUCAGAUUCAGAAACUGAAGCGAUGCUUGAACCGACCUUUGAAUCCAGACCAAGUAGUCCUGAAUCUGAAUGUGAGCUCCUUGAAAGUAUUUUUAACAGAAAUGAUGAAAGCAUUUCGAAUGUUGAUGCAGUUGUUAUGAGACAAGAAAGUAACAGUUCCACUGUGGAAGUUAAUGGAAAGGAUGAUGAGGACAAGUUGUAUCCUGAUGGGGAAGAGAUGGAUACAUGGGACAGUGUAAUAGAGAGAAAGGUCAGUGAAAGGGUAGAUGAUGGUGUAGAAAAUGAAGAGAAGAAGCAACAUGCUGAGCCAGAGGAGGACAUAUCAACAAAAGAUCCAGAGGAGAACAGAAAGGUUGGUCAAGAAGGCAACAUGGACUUUGUUCUGCCACAGGUAGGUGAAGGACACCAUGCUAUAUGGGAGCUGGAGCAUGUUCCACCUCCUGACAAAGAAGACGGAGGGGAUGAAGACGACUCUCAGAAUGUCUCUAUGUCAUGGAGGACAGAGCUGGAGAGUGACAGCUACGCUCAGGAUAAUACUCUUGCCGAUACUCGACCCCUGAUCCGAUACAAAAGUGAUGACACUGACGCCAACACUCAAGCGUCGCACAUUGAGGAAAGUGAGUCCAGUGAAGGUGAACAGGAAAAGAAAGCUGGAGAGGCAGGAAGCGGAACAUGGGCUGAGAACAAGCCAAAGACAUUUGGAACCAUGGAAGAUCUGUGUGAGGAAGUGGAAGAGGAGACAGUGGAUGAAGACUAUAACAUGGGAUACACUCAUGUUGAAGAUAGGGAUGCUGAUCAGGGUAAAAAAGUAAGUGAGUAUGAUAUACUUUUGAAAGAUGCUGAAAAGGUUGAAGAAAUGGAGAUGAGUGGUGUUGAGGGACAUUCAGAAGAGGAAACAGAAGAACUUACUGGAGCCACUGUACACACCAAUAUAGACUAUGACGAGGAACUGGAGACAGACAGAUUAGUGGAACAAGAGUUAGAAAAUUUGUCAACAGAUAGUUAUAGUGCUCAUUUUGGACAUGAGCAGGUCAGAGAAGAUAUCUUAGAAAUGGAUCAAAAAUCCAUCAAGGAAAUGAAUGAACAAGAAACUACAGGUAACACAUCUACCUGUGAGACUGAAAACUAUGAGUCUGCGUUGACCACUGCAGUUAUAAGCAAGAGUUUAGAAAGGCAGUUUUUCAGUGAUUCAUCUCCUGAGAUACAGUUGACAAGCACUCUGACUGAGGAGGAAGUGAAAGAACAAGAGACUGAAAAAGCAGCAGGAGGUUCUUCCAGUGAGAUCGUUAAAUCUGAAUCUGAACCAGCUACUACAAUUACAAGAGAUGUUUCAGAGAUGCAACUGUUCAGUGAUCCAUCUGUUGAAAUAUCUUCAACAAACACUCAGCUUGUGAAUGAGCAAAAAGGAACUGAAAAGUUAAUACAGGACAUAGAUUCAUCUGAGCCUGAAAUGAGUGUUAACUAUGAACAGGUAUCUUCCACUAUAGUUGAAGAUGUGGCGUUAGAGAGGCAACUCUUUAGUGAAUCAUAUGUUGAGAUAAAUUCAACAAACAAGCUGACUGAGGAGGACGUCCAUCCUAUUGAUCAAGAAGCUGUAGAUAACCCAGAGACAAGAGAGGACGACGAUGAGCACUAUCUGGUGUCUCAUGUUGAUGGAACUGAAAACCACUCUGAAUUGAAAGAUUUCCUUAGCAGGUCAGAUAUGAAAGACAGCAACAUAAUAGAAGCUAUAAACUCUGCUUUACUGGUAACAGCAGAUUCAAAUUCUCCACAAGAUGUUGAUGCUCCCACUGAGAACACCGAGGUGCUUCCUGAGGAAAGAUCAAAUGUAUCCCAAGAACAUCCCACUGAGGAUGCUGAGGACUUUCACAAGUUUCUUGAGGAAACAACUGAAUGGGAAAACCCAGAAAACACAACAAAGGAAUCUGAAAUGAGUGACCAGAUCAAACACGAUCUAAAGAAUGAUAACCUUCACAAAAUAUCAGACAAAAUAAUCAUACAUCAGGAAGAGCCUGUUGAAGUUUCCAUUGACAGUGCCCUGAAUGAUAACGACAUUUUCAAAGUGAAGGAUGUAAAAGACAACAGUUUCCAUAGUCACUUCACCUCUGAUGGAAAGAAUGACUUCUGGGUGUCCUCUUUGGAGACCGGUGCCACUUACACACCAAACGAUGCCUGUAAUGAAUCUGCUGAGCAAACCAAUCAUAAUCAAGGAUUUGCUGACAACAGGGAUUGGGGGAACUUGGAGAAUCCAAAGGUAGUUAAUGGGACCUCCAAGGUGGAUAUUGACCUGUCUGGCCUGGAUCCAACAAAAGAACAGGAACAGGGGAAUGCUGAAGUGAAGAAGGUGUUUUGUAAAAAUGUAGUUGAGGGCGAGAUGGUCCAUUCUGAGGAAUCAGAUGUUGAGGCCGAAUCUUGGUCAUCUGGAGAAGAAACAGCCUAAAGAUGUGAAUGUUACAGUCAAAUCAGAUCAUAGAUACAAAAAAUUGACAAGGGGUAUAUUGUGGUUUUAUUUGAUGCAUCUGAAAACCAAAGUUGCCUUUGUGCAUUUCUUAGGGAAUAAACAACCACCCUGCCAACUCUUACUACCUUAAUUGGAGACAGUUGUCUAACAUUUCCUUUUAUCCUGAUGUUUAAAUUGUUCUGCCCUCGUAGUAUGCAUGUUGAGAAGAUUAUAAGUCUUUGCAUGUGAGAAGAGCAUGAAAAUAGAACAAAGUAUCAUUUGAAAGUCAAAACAGUUAUUGAUCAGUACCUAUUCUGAUUUUGCUGUUUAAUAGAAAUCAAUAAGACCAGCAGGCUAGGAUUCCCUGUAGAGCUGUCAUUGCAUUGUGACAACAAUUUCAAAUUCAUUAGUUUGCAAAUUAGUUGUCUUUGCAUGUGUUCCUCAUGUAGAAAGAAUGGGCGAUUGGUUUUCCUUCUCAUUGUAAAAGUUUAUUAUAGCUGUGGUAAUCUCAAAGUAGAAAAUAAAGUGUAGACUCAUAA